AUGGAGGAGGACAAGCUGAUUCGAAUGGCAGCAGCCAUCAGUGAAUGCACUACAAGCAGCAUGCUGCAAGAAACGGUGUCUGAGGCAGCUGAGACGCUAAACUCAACGGUGCAAACCCUCCCGGGUAUUCCACAGCAUCUACUGGAUAAUAUGGCUAGAGCGCAGCAGGCGCUGGAGCAAUUGGAACGCAGCGCAGUCACCUACCAGAAAGAACGCACAGCUGACGCGGCAGAUACACAGAAAGCUAUCAUGCAACACCGUCAUCUACGAGGGAAAGAGGAGCUUGAGUUGAACUUCAAUUCCGAACCAUAA